AAAAGGGAGUGCGACGGCGGCGCUGUGCGUCUGCGCUCUGGCGGCGGCGCCGGCGUGCCAGGCGGGCAGCGGGUCCGGAGCGGGCCCCCGGACCCGAAGCUGAGGGGGGCGGCUGGGGCGUCAGUGGGCUCCGUCGCUGGGGCCUCGGAGGCCUGAUGGAGUAAGAGGGUUCGGCUGUAAGUCAGAUCUGCAUUACAAGAAAUGCUAAAGGAAUUUCUUCAGGAUGAAGGGAAAUGAAACCAGAUGGAAACUUGAAUCUUUGUUAAGGGAAUGAAGAGCAUCAGAAAUGAGCAACCACUGUGGAAAAAAAUAAUGCAAAGAAGUAUUGCUAAAAAGCUAGCAGAAAAAUUGAAGUGAAUAAUGCAAAAGAAGACAGAAACAGGUAUGACGUUGAGUGCUUCAGAUCUGGUCACUAUGGCACGAGAACGAAAAUGCAUAUUGUGCCACAUUGUGUACAGCUCAAAAAAGGAGAUGGACGAACACAUGCGGAGCAUGUUGCAUCACAGGGAACUUGAGAACCUGAAGGGCAGGGACAGUAGUCAUGAGUGCCGAGUGUGCGGGGUCACAGAAGUGGGUCUUUCUGCAUAUGCAAAGCACAUUUCUGGCCAAUUGCACAAAGAUAAUGUUGAUGCCCAGGAAAGAGAAGAUGAUGGAAAGGAAGAAGAAGAGGAAGAUUAUUUUGACAAGGAACUCGUUCAGUUAAUAAAACAAAGGAAAGAACAAAGUCGGCAAGAUGAACCUUCCAAUAGCAGCCAAGAAAUAAACUCUGAUGACAGGCGAUCCCAACGGAGACGAGAAGACCGAAUUCCUUACCAAGACAGAGAGAGCUACAGUCAGCCAGCAUGGCAUCAUCGUGGACCUCCUCAGCGGGACCGGAAAUGGGAGAAAGAUGGCUAUAAUAAUACUAGGAAAAACAGCUUCCCACAUUCUUCGAGGAGUAGUGGUGGAUCAAGAGGAUGUUCUGGGUGGCAUAAGGGUGUUGCAGGAGGCUCCUCAACUUGGUUUCACAACCAUAGUAAUUCUGGAGGUGGUUGGCAUUCAAAUAGUGGAAUGGUAGAUUGGAAUCAUAAUGGUACAGGAAGGAAUUCCAGUUGGCAUUCUGAAGGAACAGGUGGCUUUUCCAGUCGGCAUAUGAACAGCAGUAACGGAAACUGGAAAUCCAGUGUACGUAGCACAAAUAGUUGGAAUUACAGUGGCCCCGGAGACAAAUUUCAACCAAGCAGAAACAGAAAUUCUAACUGUCAAAUGGAAGACAUGACUAAGGUAUGGAACAAGAAAUCUAAGUCAAACAAAUACAAUCAAGAGAGAUAUAAGUGGCAGCGGCAAGAAAGUGACAAAGUUGGUGCAGUUGCCACAUACAGAGGUCCUUCUGAAGGAUUUACAAGUGAUAAGUUUUCUUCAGAAGGCUUACUUGACUUCAAUUUUGAGCAUCUGGAAAGCCAAACCACUAAACAAACAGAUACCUUAGCUUCCAAAAUUGGUGGGAAGAAUGGCAGCGUGGCAAGGGAAAAGCUCCGUCGCUGGACUCCUUACCCUUCCCAGAAGACUCUGGAUUUACAAUCGGGAGUGAAAGAAGUUACUGGUAACAAGUUGGAAACGAUAGAUAAGCCUCUCUUUGAUUUUAGCUUGAUAACCACAGGAAUACAAGAGCCUCAAAUUGAUGAAAGAAAUAAUUCUCCAACACUGAAAACACAAAAAGAAACACAUACUAGAUCUCUUAAUCACAAAGCCACUUCUGACUGCACUGCUUCCUAUGAGGUAGUGAGAGAGUGCCCCAUUAUAGAAAAACCUGAACAAGAGCAUACCUUAAAUAAGAUGCCAUUGCUAAAAUCCCCGCUCCUUCCAAAUCCAAUCACUAAAUCAGCUCCUCAAAAGCAAGAUUCAAAGAAUCCCUCAAAAAACACCAAAACGAAAUCUUUUUUUCCUGGAGAACACUCAAACCCCUUGAACAAACCCACUGUGGAAGAUAAUCAGGGUUCUUACAUAUCCAAAUUGCGAAAUUCGGGUCCUCGUGUUUUAAAAGGGCGUAAAAGUACAUUUGGAACUCAAAGGGAACCUGAUGAAAAUUUAAGUGAUACGUUACAAAAAGCCAAAGAUGUGCUAGAGUGUAAUGAGUCAUUGCAAAAUCCACCUCUUAGCGCUUCUAAAAGGACCAGGAAUUAUGCAAAAGCAAGUAGGAAUGUAGAAGAGUCUGAAAAAGGAUCUUUGAAGAUUGAGUUUCAAGUAGAUGCAUUAGAAGAUGAAAGUGAUGGAGAGAUAUCUGAUGCAGAAAAGAAUGGAACAAAAAUUGGAACCCUGGGUUCUGCAACUACAGAAGUUUUAUCCUGCAGUACUCAUACUGCUGAUGAGAAAAGGGGGGAUGACCAAAACCUGAAAACAUCUAGAAAACCAUCCACUUCCCCAUGUAACUCAACAGUUCACCAGAAAGAAUCUGAGUUACAAAUGACAUCUGUAGCCAGCCCACACUCUGACUUACUGCUAGAUUUGAAAACCUCUCUAGAAGAUGCACAGAUUGAUGACCCUGUUAAAUCUCAUGUAUCUUAUGAAACAGAAGGCUUUGAGAGUACUAGCUUGGAUGCUGAGCUUCAAAAAAAUGAUAUAGGUCAGCCCUCAGGCCCUCUCCUGCCUGAACUAAGUAAGCUUGGCUUUCCUGCCUCACUCCAGAGAGAUCUAACCCGUCACAUUAGCUUGAAGAGCAAAACUGGAGCACACCUUCCUGAGCCAAACCUCAAUAGUGCUCGCCGCAUCCGCAAUAUCAGUGGUCAUCGAAAGAGUGAGACAGAGAAGGAGUCUGGGCUCAAGCCAACCCUUCGGCAGAUUCUAAAUGCAUCUCGGAGAAAUGUCAACUGGGAACAGGUCAUUCAGCAAGUAACCAAGAAAAAGCAAGAGCUGGGCAAAGGCUUACCCAGGUUCGGCAUCGAAAUGGUGCCUCUAGUUCAAAAUGAACAAGAGGUCUUGGAUUUGGAUGGGGAGCCUGAUCUGUCCAGUCUAGAAGGAUUCCAGUGGGAAAGUGUUUCCAUUUCUUCAUCCCCUGGGUUGGCAAGGAAGCGAAGCCUUUCAGAGAGCAGUGUGAUCAUGGACAGGGCUCCUUCUGUGUUUAGCUUCUUCAGUGAGGAAGGUACAGGCAAAGAAAAUGAGCCCCAGCAGAUUUUUUCACCUAAUAACUCAUUGAGGUCUGCACAGAGUCAAAAAACAACCAUGGGCCUUAAGCAGGAAAUGACACCUCUAGCUGCCUCCCUAAGAACAGGUGAAAGAGCUGAAAAUGUUGCUACUCGAAGGCGACAUAGUGCUCAAUUAUCAUCUGACCAUACAAUACCUUUGAUGCAUUUGGCAAAAGACCUGCACAGCCAGGAGAGCUCUACACCACUUUCAGAGAAUCACAAUGCCCAGGAGAAUAAUGGAGAAGGAAACUCUUUAUCAUCAAAUGCAUCCCUAGCCCUUGCAAUCUCCAGUUUGACAGAUGCAGCCACAGACAGUAGCUGUACUUCUGGUGCUGAACAAAAUGAUGUCCAGAAUAUUAGAAAGAAACGAAGAGCCACUGGAGAUGGAUCUUCUCCUGAACUCCCAAGUCUUGAGAGAAAAAAUAAAAGAAGGAAAAUUAAAGGAAAGAAAGAACGUUCUCAGGUUGACCAGCUGCUGCAUAUUUCUUUAAGGGAAGAAGAACUAAGCAAAUCAUUGCAGUGCAUGGAUAACAACCUUCUGCAAGCCCGUGCAGCUCUUCAGACAGCUUAUGUUGAAGUUCAGAGGCUACUUAUGCUCAAGCAGCAGAUAACUAUGGAGAUGAGUGCCCUGAGGACCCAUAGAAUACAGAUUCUACAGGGAUUACAAGAAACAUAUGAACCUUCUGAGCGUCCAGACCAGGUUCCCUGUAACCUUACACGAGAACAAAGGAACAUUAGAUCUCAAACAUCUGCUGAUGCCACACUGCCGCCUACUCCUUUUUUCCCAGUUUUCCUGGAGCCUUCAUCUUCCCAUGUGUCUCCAUCAUCCACUGGAGCCCCCCUCCAAGGAAUCACAUCUACUUUCCAAACCCAUGGCAGUGUUCCCGCUCCAGACUCAUCAGUUCAGAUUAAACAAGAACCCAUGUCUCCUGAACAAGAUGAGAAUGUGAAUGCUGUGUCACAAGGCUCUGCUUGCAAUGUGUCCAAGGAAUUACUGCAAGCUAAUAGAGAGAUCAGUGACAGUAGUCCAGUUUAUCCAGUUAUCACUGCAGCAUUGUCCUUAUCAGAGCUAACAGAGAGAUUCCAUGAGCCUAGCCAAGAACUGAAGUUUUCUAUGGAGCAAGGAAAUACCAGAAACAGAGGGAACAAUCCCUCUUCCCAAUCAGCUGGUCUUCCUAGCAUAAAUAAAGAAGGUGAAGAGCCAAACAGAGGCAACAGCGGGUCUGAAGCCUGUACCAGUUCUUUUCCAAGAUUGUCCUUUGCUUCAGAAACCCCUUUAGAGAAAGAGCCCAACUCUCCAGCUGACCAUCCAGAACAACAGGCAGAGUCCACUCUGACAUCAGCUGAAGCUAGGGGGAACAAGAAAAAGAAGAAACUUAGGAAGAAGAAAACUCUGCGGGCUGCCCAUGUUCCUGAGAACAGUGACACUGAGCAGGAUAUAUUUACUGCUAAACCUGUAAGGAAAGUAAAAACUGGAAAGUCCCCUAAAGGGGGGAAAGUGACAACCUCCACCUGGGAAGAUAGCAGAACUGGUCCAGAACAAGAGAGUGUCAGAGAUGAACCAGAUAGUGACUCGUCUCUGGAAGUCCUAGAAAUUCCUAAUCCUCAGUUAGAAGUGGUAGCCAUUGAUUCUUCUGAAACUGGAGAAGAGAAACCAGACAGCCCAUCUAAAAAGGAUAUUCGGAACUCCACAGAGCUAAACUCAUUAGAAACUUCUCGCUCUGGUUGUGAUGAAGUUAGCUCUACCAGUGAGAUUGGCACCCGUUAUAAAGAUGGCAUCCCUGUAAGUGUGGCAGAAACUCAGACUGUGAUCUCCUCCAUAAAAGGAUCAAAGAACUCUUCAGAAAUAUCUUCAGAGCCAGGAGAUGAUGAUGAGCCCACAGAAGGGAGCUUUGAGGGGCACCAAGCUGCAGUGAAUGCAAUUCAGAUAUUUGGGAAUUUACUGUAUACCUGUUCAGCAGAUAAAACUGUCCGAGUUUAUAAUCUCGUGAGUCGGAAGUAUAUUGGUGUCUUUGAGGGCCAUACCUCCAAAGUGAACUGCCUCCUGGUUACUCAGACCUCUGGAAAGAAUGCUGCCCUUUACACUGGUUCCAGUGAUCACACCAUUCGCUGCUAUAAUGUUAAGACUCGAGAGUGUGUGGAGCAGUUACAGCUGGAAGACCGGGUUCUCUGCCUCCACAGUAGGUGGCGAAUUCUCUAUGCAGGACUGGCAAACGGCACUGUGGUCACCUUCAACAUAAAGAACAACAAACGACUUGAAAUCUUUGAAUGCCAUGGCCCUCGGGCUGUCAGCUGUCUUGCCACAGCUCAGGAAGGUGCCCGAAAGCUGCUGGUUGUGGGGUCUUAUGACUGUACCAUUAGUGUGCGCGAUGCACGGAAUGGACUGCUCCUUAGAACUCUGGAGGGUCACAGCAAAACCAUUCUCUGCAUGAAGGUGGUGAAUGACCUUGUGUUCAGUGGCUCCAGUGAUCAGUCAGUCCAUGCCCACAACAUUCACACUGGUGAGCUUGUACGGAUCUAUAAAGGUCACAAUCAUGCAGUGACUGUGGUGAAUAUCCUAGGAAAAGUGAUGGUGACUGCUUGCCUGGAUAAAUUUGUUCGUGUCUAUGAAUUACAGUCGCAUGAUCGAUUGCAAGUUUAUGGAGGACACAAAGACAUGAUUAUGUGUAUGACCAUCCACAAAAGUAUGAUUUAUACUGGCUGUUAUGAUGGCAGUAUUCAGGCCGUGAGGCUGAAUCUGAUGCAGAAUUACCGCUGCUGGUGGCAUGGUUGCUCUCUGAUAUUUGGCGUUAUAGAUCAUUUAAAACAACAUUUGCUGACUGACCAUACAAAUCCGAACUUUCAAACUCUGAAAUGUCGCUGGAAGAACUGUGAUGCUUUUUUUACUGCUAGGAAAGGAUCCAAACAGGAUGCUGCAGGACACAUUGAACGACAUGCUGAGGAUGACAGCAAAAUUGAUUCAUGAAGUUUCUUGCCUCCCAUGUUGGGAAGUCUUUAGUUGAACUAAUUUCACAUCAGCCCCUUACACAGGCCAGUGUCUUCCCUUCCCUAGUCAAUCAGGGAAGGAGAGAGUGGUUACUAGCCAGGCUUACCACUAGCAUAAGUCUGGGCAGCUCUAUGGGAUGAUAGGUUACACUUCUAAGUUCUUGCUGGAGGUUUGUCAGAUUUAAACAGAUUUUUAAGGAACCAUACUCUUCUGGGACAGCAUGGCAUAUAGUAAUUUAUGCUACUGGUGUUCUCCAGAUGUUUAUUAAAGAUACAGAUCUUAAUUGGCUACCUGGUUUGACCCUAAUCAUAUGUAUAUUUUAUUGAUUUCAGUCUGUGAUUUUUAGUUUCUGUUCUUAUGAUGGUUUAAACCUAUAGGCAGGCUUUUAAGUACAAAUUUGUCCACUGCUAGAUUUUUAGGAUCAGUUUUAAUUUCUCCUUAAUUAUUACAAUCAGUUAAUUGUAACAGCUGGAUAUUUAAAUUGGAAGCAAAUAGUUUCCUUUCUUUUUCUUUUUUUGCGGUACGCGGGCCUCUCACUGUUGUGGCCUCUCCCGUUGCAGAGCACAGGCUCCGGAUUCGCAGGCUCAGCGGCCAUGGCUCACGGGCCUAGCCGCUCCACAGCAUGUGGGAUCUUCCCAGACUGGGGCAUAAACCCGUGUCCCCUGCAUCGGCAGGCGGACUCUCAACCACUGCGCCACCAGGGAAGCCCAGUUUCCUUUCUUAACAAUUAUGUACAGUGUGUUUCGGUAUGCUCUUCGUAGAUAGACAGAGCUGGCUUUAAAUGCUAAGGGGACACACAAUAGGUUUUUAACAGUUAGAGUAACUGCUCUGCUGAUUAUAUUUUAGGAACUCAGGCAGCAUAUCACAUAAUGACAAGUCCUUUCAGACAGUACUUCCUAUUGAACUUCUUCAGAUUUUGAUAGAGUGCUCAGUUCAAGGCAGUGCAUAGACCUAAUGUCUACUUGGAAAUCUCACUGUUAGACCUGGGCACUCACUGCAGGUAUUGGCAGGCUGUUCGAACUGGAGGUAUAACCUUUAUCUCUCUUUCCAGCUUCUGACUCUCCAGGCGGGCUGUGGGUUUGAAACCUUUUCAUUUACUUAAUUGCCAAACCCCACUCUUGUAUUCUCUGGCUGUGCUUAGACCAACAGUAGCCAUCAUAUACUUCCUCUGGGUUCACAGGGUACUUGCCACCCACCCGCAGUACCCAAAUGGGGGAGUCAGGAUAAAGCAUCUGAAUAUAGUUUUCAAGGCCUCAGGCAGGCUUCUUAAAGACCAGUGUCUUGCCUUCACCUCCCCACUAGCUGGGAAGGGUGGAAUAGGAUGAAGGGAAAGACCCUACCUGUCCAUUGAGAGCAGCCAAAUGAACAAAGCCUUCAUGAGACUGCUUUGUUUUUGGAUUUUCUCUGGACUCUUAAGAGAAGCCAUGGAGGUGUUGCUUUCCAGCCUUUUGUUUCUAGAUUCUCAAAACUGAAAGAUUCUACAGAGAGAGAGGGGAAAAGGGAGAAGAGCCCAGCACCACAUACCAAGCUUCAGAUGUGAUGUCUGUUCUUUCCUAGGACUGCAGAGCAUCCAGGUUUAUCUCCACCCAUCUUAGCACACACACUUCUACUCACAUGUCUUCACUCAGGCUCUGGGGCAGGGGGACUUCCUCAGGGGUUCAUGGAUAGGUUUCAAGAGGGUAUCCAAACCCCCUGGAAUUGCGUGUAAGACUAAGUAGGUGUUUUUUUUUUCCCAGGGAAGCCUCCAGUGGUUCUCACUGGAUCCAAAAAAAAACAUUAAGAACUAAUCUAGGAGCUACAUCUAGAUAAUGAAUGGCUCCACAAGCUAUUUACUUCUGUCCUUAUGAAUGGCAGAACUCUUGUGUUGACCACACUAUUGAGAUGUGCAUGAUACUUGAGAGAGAACAGAGAAGAUGCUGUUGCAUAAAGUUUAUGUGUGCUGUUUCUGUCUGAGAGCAAGCAUUCCCAUCUGUCACCCCAUUUCCUGUACAGGUGACCAGAGAAGCUAAGCUGUUCUAUGGGUUUGGGAAUGGUGAUUCCCAGGAAAGUACGUUUGGAUUUAUUGCUAAACCUGGCAUUUUCCUUUGGGCUGUAGUGAACCCACAUUUCCAUGUUGGCUGGGCAGUGUGCUGAGGAAGUCUUGCAUACUCUGUUGCGUAGGUGCCCUUCUGUCCUGCCUGAGGACAUGUCUGAAAAGAUGAGAGUGGUGGAGCCUCUGUACAGCUAGAAGGGGGUAUAUGGGGUGUUGGGCAGUCAUGGGGAACUGUUGUAGGUAUGAACAGACUGAUAGAAUCAGUAAAAACUGAUUUGAGCUUAACUUUCAUAGAAUCGUGCACAGUCUGUCUGCCUUUAUGUGUGCAGUUGUGGAUGUUCCUUGUACAUGUGUAUGUGUGUGGGCACCUAUACUUGUAAUACUUUUUCUCAUUUCACAAGAAUUUUCUUUGAAGCCGUGGCAAUAAUGUUUUUGUUUCAAGAAUGCGUAAAAUUCGUUUAACACCAGGUUAGUGUAUUGCCCUAAAUGCACUGUUGUAGCCAUCUGUUUAGAAAUAAAGGCACCAUAAGCAUCUUGGCUGCUUAUGGUUGUAUGUUAUUACUUCUAAGUGUCUUGAAAGUUAUGCAAAAGUGUUGUUUUAAGUCUUCUACAAUGUCUUGGCUGAUUCUGGCCUUCUGUUCCCCCUCAGAGUAGAGCAAUGGCUCAGGGAUUUGUGUUGGCUCUGAUAUUUAGUACUUAGUUGAGGAAGGAAAUUGUUACACGACCUGACAAAACACAACUCAUUUCUUAUAAGGAACUGGAGGCCAUUUUUAGAAUGUUGUUUUUAAUUACUUGUGUUUACUUCUAACAGCUAGAAGACAAGAAAACCAUAGCAUAAAUCCUUUUGUGUGCAUAUGCUAGGGUUUUAAUGGCAGUUUAUUCUGAUGAAAUAUCAGUCACUUCAAGUUUUAUCCUGAAGUUUUUAAUCAGGUUCAAAAUUUUGGUAUACUGCUCUACUCAGUAGAAAGCAGUUAAACACAAUACAAAGUUAUCUUGACCUGAUGUUACUUGAAUUUGAGAGAACGUCAUUGCUAUUACACUCCUGCUUUUGUGGAGAAUUCUUUUUCUGCCUCAGAAGAGUUAGCAGUUGAGUGUUUAGCUCCUGACCUAUCUAUAAUUUAUAGGCAACCUCACUGCCAUUUAAGUGAUUAUUUGCCUAACAAAGGGUUUUUUGUUUUUUUCUUUUUGGUAGAUUAUACAGUGCACAACUUUAGUGACUAGGUAUGUGGAUGAUUUGGUGGGAGUAGGUGUACAAAACUUAGAGGAAUGGUAUGGUAUAUUUUAUGGAAGAGAAUUCAUUGGAGGGGAAAUGAAAGUAUAAUGUGAAGUGGGAUUUAAACAGCAUGUACCCUCUGGUUUGCAAUUUAUAUACGCUGUCUUAUAAAUUUUGUUCCUGUUACCUAAAGGAGAACUCCUAAAACUGUUCAGAAGGCCAUGCCUGCCACAUUGUUAAAACAGUGAUUUUAUCCCUGCCCCAAGUCAUCAGAUUCCUCAGGAUUUCAGAGAAGCUGUCUAAUGGUUAGAAUUAGAAGUUGUGGUAGAGAUGAUUUGGGUUAUACUGAGUUCCAUGUACAAGUGGAUGUGAAAUCCUGAUUAAACCAAACCUACUGCUUACCAGACAAUAACCUCUAACCUCACCUCCAACCCCCAAGUAUGUGGCCUUGCUGGGUCACAUGGUGACUGACGUUUCCCAGAUUUCCUCUAAAUUCAAGGUAGUAGCCCAACUGAAUUGGGGGAGGAGGGAGUCAAGGAGGAAAGGCUGUUGAAGAUCUUUCUCCUACUCAAGAGAAAUAUAUGCCCUAGAGCUGUGCCAGCACCCUUGGUGUCUGAUUUUUUUUUUAAUUCAAUAUGGGUUAGAAGAAUGAAAUCAGAUGACACUUGACUGCAAAAAUGUUUAUAAGCAAAUAGCUUAGCCUUCUUACAUUUUGGUAUAAAGCUGUGAACUUCCUAACUUUGUAAAGCAAGAUAUAAAGCAAAUAUAAGGGGAAAAUAAAGUACUUUUACUAAUUGUU